AUAAGGAUAUGUGAGGUGGUCUAUUAUAUUCAAGGCCAAGAUAAAUAAAAAUUAUUUCCCAUGGCACCCACUCCUUUAAUUCUCCCUAAUAAUCUUCCGGAAGAAACAAGUCCAUGUCCUAAAGUAGCAAAAUACUUGGAAGAAGAUGACAUAACACAAGAUUGUGAAUCCUUAAUCUCCACUUUAGCCAAAGACCAAGGAUGGGUUUUAUCCCAUCUUUACCAAUACCAAGGGUUUUGGCAUCCAAGUAGACAGCUUGAAGGUGUUAUUACAUGCCAACGCCACUUCCAAGCUCGCGACACCGACAUAAUCCUAACCACUAGCCCUAAAUGUGGCACCACUUGGCUCAAAGCCUUAGCCUACGUAGUCGUAAACAGAAAAACCAAUACACCAACAAUAGGUGCUACUGGUAAUAAUAAGCAAAACCACCCACUUGUCACAAAUAAUCCACAUGAGUUAGUACCUUUCUUAGAGCUUAAGGUGUAUGUUGAUCACCAAGUCCCUGACCUCACUCAAAUGCCAUCUCCUAGACUGUUUUCGACACAUUUACCCGUUGAUUCGCUACCGUUAUCCAUCAAGGAAACGGGUUGCAAAGUUGUGUACUUGGGCAGGGAUCCAAAAGAUGCUUUUAUUUCAUUAUGGCACUUUGCAAACAAGCUAAGGCCUCCUCAUGGAGGAAAAAUAUCACUUGAAGAAGCAUUUGAUAAGUUUUGCAAAGGUGUUAGCCUUUGUGGUCCUUUUUGGGAUCAUGUUUUGAGUUAUUGGAACUAUAGCUUAGAUAACCCAAAUACAGUGUUUUUCUUGAAAUAUGAAGAUUUGAAACAUCAACCUAAGUUGCAUUUAAAGAAAUUGGCUGAGUUUUGGGGCUGCCCUUUUUCUUUGGAAGAGGAGAAUAAUGGAGUUGUUGAUGAUAUUCUUAGUUUGUGUAGCUUUGAGAUUUUGAGCAAUUUUGAGGUGAACAAAUUUGGGAAAUUGUCCUCGGGGGAAGAUAAUAAGGCCUUUUUUCGCAAAGGUCAGGUUGGUGAUUCGGCUAAUUACCUCACUAAGGAAAUGAUUCACAAAUUUGAUCAGAUAUCUCUUACAAAAUUCCACCUUUCUGGUUUGAACUUCUAGCUGGUUUCAAUCAACUUUUAUUUAAACAGAAUAAGAUGAUACACUUAACUCAUACGAUACAUCAUAUCGUUAUGGUAUCAUCUCAUCUACUCCGUAUGUAAGCUAAUUAAUGAUUUUCAUAAUUCUAAAUAAAUUAUUAAGUGGUACGUUUAAGAUCGAUUAUUAUGUUCGACUGUAUACUCUAAUGUGGAUGUCAACUAGUUUGAUUGGUAAAGUAUUCAAGCGGUACGUGAUACUCAAGUCAUGAAAUCGAAUCUCGUCUAUAUCAUUUGGGUCGCUCUGUAUAGCGCCCUCUGCAUCACAAAAAUAUUGUAUGUUACUUGCAACCAAUUCACAAUAAACGGGCAUUUAUAUCCUA